UUCUUGCCAUCUAAUAAACUAUUUUGAGUCAAUUGAAGGUGUCGCUAAAAUUAAAGACGGUUACAACCCUGCGACUUGGAUGUUGGAAGUCACUGGUCCUGCGCAAGAAAUGUCUUUGGGGGUUGAUUUUACAGAUCUGUACCAGAAUUCAGAUCAAUACAGGAGAAACAAAGAUCUUAUUAAGGAAUUGAGCACCCCGGCACCUGGUUCGAAGGACCUCUAUUUCCCUACUCAAUUCUCACGAUCAUUCCUCACCCAGUGCAUGGCUUGCUUCUGGAAACAACGCUGGUCUUACUGGCGGAACCCGCCUUACACCGCCGUGAGAUUUUUGUUCACUACAGGCAUAGCACUCAUGUUUGGCACUAUGUUCUGGGACAUGGGAUCUAAAACGUAAGUCUCAAGCAAAGUGACACAGCUAA